AUGUAUUCAUUGCAGCCUGAGGCACAAUCGAGCUCUACACUGGCACCAGUUCUCCACGCAAGUGACACUGAAAGUCAAGAACAAUCACUAGAUGCGGGGCGCGUCAAAAUCAAAGCAAGUUUCCUGCUUGCACGGCCGGUACCGAAACAUUCGCUUCGGGUCUCUUCAAAACUUUUAUUGCAAGUUCAACAACUGCCAAAAGAUCACCGACCAGUUCCUGUCCUUGAAAUAAGACAGCCGCUUUUGUUCAAAUCAAAAUUCACCCGUGGAUUUCAACAGGAUGUCAAGUUACGAUCGGGUGAUCUCUUCGCUCACCUCAUUGAGUCCUACGUCAAAAGUUCUCCUGCUGGGCGAAGUCUCUCCAAUUCGGAGGACCAGACCAUACACGGGAAGACUUUUACGGCCAAUAAGGUUGUUGGGGCCAUCUGCCACAAUGAAAUGGCUUCAAAGAUAUUCUUUCAAGACGCGCGGUUCGGUUGGCAAGGUCGUGCUAUUGAAGUCGUUGGACCUCAGAAGUCCAGAAAGUGCUACAGAUUCGCAAUUAACAACGAAGAGAGGGAUCCUGCAUGUUCAAGUGGAAUCAUAUUGCAAUGGGAGAAAAAGAAUGAAGACGUUGAAUCGGCUGCUUUGCUCAACGGAGAAAUGUUUACCCUAUUUUUGAUUGAUAGGAGAGCAAGAAGAAAGGCCAAAAUGGCGACUAUAACGAACGAUAGAUUCGAGAUGAAUGUUCGGAAGAGUUUUGUUCGAGAGAGCCUGCAGGACUGCUUUGAUCUGAUGGGGUAUACGGAUUCUGAAACAGGAGAUCCUCGUCAUGUUUUCGAGUCGCGUCUAUAUACUUUGACUCUCACGCUGGGGAUUUGGGUGGGCUUUCAAGAAGCAUGGUUCAAUUAG